CGCGAUCGAGAGUCGAGACGUGAGUGACGUGACGUAUUUUCCAAGCAUGGGCAAUGGUACGUCACUGCGCGCACCGUUUUGAUUAAAGAUGGAGGAGGCGAGAGACGAGAGAUUCCUGUCGCGAAGACGUUCCGCCGCUUUGAAGGCUUUUAAAGUCAAAGACGAGAGGGUGGCUACUUUUAAGAAGGUGGCGGCGAUUUUACAAAAGUCCGAGAUAGACAGGACAGCGGAGGAAACUGGAAUACUCGCCUCGUGCAGCGAAGUGGUGAAAGAGGUUAACCUACGACAAGAAAAACGAGAUAGAAUAAAAGCAAGAUUGGAAGAGAUUGAGGAUGCACCCGAAAUCUUGGAGGAAAAAUGCAUACGCUUAGCAGCGGCGAUCAGUAGAGCGACAUCACUUGCGGUAUAUACUGGUGCAGGUAUUAGUACAGCAGCAUCUAUUCCAGACUAUAGAGGAACUAAUGGAGUUUGGACUCGUAUGCAACAGGGAAAGGACAUUGGGAAUCAUGAUUUGAGCCAAGCUGAGCCAACUUUGACGCACAUGGCUCUUUAUGCAUUGUACAAGGCUCGAGUCCUCAAGCAUAUAGUUUCUCAAAACUGUGACGGAUUACACUUGCGCAGUGGUAUCCCACGUAAUCUCCUGUCCGAAGUGCACGGCAAUAUGUAUGUGGAAGUUUGUCGAACGUGCAAGCCGUCUAGAGAAUAUUGGAGACUUUUCGAUGUCACUGAAAAAACUGCGCGAUAUCAACACGGUACAGGAAGAUUAUGUCACAGAUGUAAUUCGAUGUUGCAAGAUUCUAUUGUGCAUUUCGGCGAGAGGGGCAAUCUUCCUUGGCCGAUCAAUUGGAACGGCGCAACUAGGGCUGCGAAGCAAGCGGACGUUAUAUUGUGUUUGGGUUCUAGUCUCAAAGUUCUUAAAAAAUAUCCAUGGUUGUGGCAAAUGGACAAGCCCGUUCCGAAAAGAGCAUCUCUGUACGUCGUCAACUUGCAGUGGACUCCGAAAGACGAGAAUGCAGUUUUAAAGAUAAACGGUAAAUGUGACGAAGUGAUGAAGAGAGUCAUGAACCACUUGGGACUGGAGGUACCGCGGUACAAUCGUACAAAAGAUCCAAUUUUCUUUCACGCGGUGAAACUUCAGAACGGCGAACAACUCACCAAGACUCAACCGUGCCUCGAGGAGCCAGCGGUUAAGGAGCCUUUAAGCCAAAGUAGUGAUGAGAACGUUGAAUGCACAGUGCAAGAAACUGACAAAGAAGACUGUAUAUCGUCCAUAGCAGUAGCUGACAUAACAACUGCCUAUCCGGCGCCUUUUUUCGCCGCGUUACCAUUUCUCUCUAUGGGCUUGCCAUUUCCCCCCAUGUACAUGUAUCCUCAAUUGACGCCAUUAUUUUACUAUCCUUUUAUACAAAUACCAAACAUGCCGGCAGAAACGCCGAAACCUAAACCGGCUUGUUCGUUUUGUAUGGAGCACGAGGGCUCCCUCACCUGUUUGUAUUAUCAACGUGACGGGGACUGUCCGGCGCCAUUAAAGACCGAGAACGAGCAAAAACAAGAGGAAGGUGCGCUAGUGAUUCGCGCGGACACUCCCGUAGCAUCUCCAAAGAAUCCAGGCUGGUUUGGUAAAGGAUAUCGCAAGGGUAUGAAGAGGAAGCGGUAGCAUCCACUCUACUUAAAUCUAUGCAGUAUGUUUGGCCGACUAUUUACCAGGAAUAUAAUCUUAUACUAUACGAUAUAUUUACAUACAUAAGUAUUUAAAACCUCCAUAUCAUAACUAAACUGCGUAUUUUGUAGAUUUAUAGCAAUUUGAUUCCAGUAUUCAAAGCUUUAAAACAAAAAGUAGACUGAAAUUCUGCAAGUAUUUCGUAAUGAUGCAAAGAUGGUCCAUUAGUUUUGCCCACUUCGAAAUAGACUUGCUUUAUCGAACUAUGCCAUGGUCUGAACUCGCCUCCAAGACAGGCAAACGAGUGCACGUUUUAAUUAGAAAUAGUCUUGAAGAUAGUUUUGAACAACAAUCAUUGAUUUUUUGCAAUAUUUAUCUUUAGAGGAAAGGAGAAGGUUGUAGAAUAUCAGGGAGAUCAUGGAAUACUAAUAACUAAUGUCACGAAAAGCACUUUUAUUCGUUAAAAAAAAACUAAUCAUUCCUAGCUUUUACACACAAAUAAGUGCUACAAAACAAGAUUUUACAAACAUGAAAUAUAUUUUAUUUAAAAAAAAGUUAAAUAAUAUUUUUGACUUAAAAACAUUUUUAAAAAUAAAACUUGAAACUUUAAAAUAAUUUCUUUUCUUCUAAUAGACAUACAACGUCUGCAAUGAGAUUGUCAAAUUGUAAGAAAAAUGCACAUAGCGGACCAUAUUUCACAACCACAGCUCACAUACCAUGACUUUAUUUGCAGAAUUCAUGCACACAUUACAACAUACAUUAAAUUCAGUAAAUUAUUAAAAAUUUAUAUUCAAGGCCUUCAAGUUAGACUAAAGUUGAAAAAAAAAAAUACGUAACAUGCUUCUCAAAAUUAUGUAGAGACAACUGUAAAAAUUUCUGCUACCUGCAAAACUGAAAUUCAACUUUUAUAAAAAGCGAACACUAAUGACCAGUAACUCUAAAAUAUCUAAGUAAACUGUGACAAAGAAAUUUUAACGGUUGCUCCUAGAAUUUAACGCGAAUUAUACGAGUUAUCCUGAUAUUCCACGGCCGCCGUCUUUCCUCUAUCUACAAGAAUUUUUUUUGUUUCUCAGCUGUGAUUUGUUUUUUUACUCGUUGUAUUAUUUGUAUGACGAUGUGAAAAAUAUUUUGACAGCUUGUGCAAAAGAUCAAAAUAUUCAAAAUUUAAAUUCUUUUUUGAAACCUGUUUACCUCGUAUUGAAAAAUUUGAAUUUAUCAAUAAAUAAAUAUCUUUGCAAAUAAAAAUUGGAUUGCAAUCAAUUAAAUCGUUUAAUACUAAUUUUGUUAUUGCGUCAUAUAUACAUAUAUGACAAUGAACAAAGCAAGCAAGCAAGAAAUAUGAAUGCCAAGUUAAAAUUGCUAUAGCGAUACUUGGUCUGAUAUGACUUAUUUAUAUAACAAAAUAAAAUCAUGUAUUUAUUAUUAUUUCCAGUAAAUAUCAUCACAAAUAUAAAAAGAGUAUGUAACAUAUACAAGAUGAUUCUUGAGUAUUUUAAAAGAUUUUAAGGAGAGUGAUUCCUCACAUUAAUUCAAGACAAAGUUUCAUAUGUCAGAAACAGCUUAGUUUUAGAGAUAAUACAGAGUGUCGAAAUUAAAGGAAAAAAUUUGAAAACCAUUUGAAUUAUCUUGAUAAAACUUGAUGUAAGUUUCAAGGACACAAAAGUUAAUUAAAAAUUGAUUUCUCCUUAAUGAAAACGCACACAUACACAAAUACAUACAUCAAUAUUUGUGGCAUUUACUGGAAAUAAUUUUAUUAUUUUAUUUCAUAUUUUUAUAUAAAAAAAAUAAGAAGGUAAAACGUUUCUCAAAUGUGCUCCCUAUUGCCUGAUUUUGUAAAGUACUUGACAUUAUUUUAUUCAAGAGAAUUGUCGAUUUUUAAAUACUAUUUUAUUGAUUUUAUUGUACAGUACAAUAAUUAUUAAUAUAUAAAAUAUGAUAUGUGAUGUGGUCUAAAAGAAAAUUAAAUUAUGUUCUUAUUUGAAUUAUGUUAAAAUUAUAUCAAAACAUUAUUUUAUUCAAACGUAUUUCAACAUAAAAUUCUCUGGUUUAUAUUCUGUGUUUCGAAAUUAAUAAUUUUAAUAUAUUUAUUAUUAUUAAUAUAUGUAAAAAAUGAUGAAAAAGUAUCUAUUUUUGCAAUCUAAUUUUAUAUGUUAGUAUUUUAAAGAAUUUGUCAUUCUUCCUACAUAUUUACAAUUAAGUUCUAAAACAAUUUGGGGCAAGUGUAAAAACAAUAUAAAUUUUGUUCGAUAUUUAAUUAGAACAAAUAUAAAUUUAUUAUACACCGAUGUUGUAAACUUAUUAAAAGUUCUUUCAAUUAUUUAUAGAAACAUUAUUCCACUUCUUUAUUUAUUGCUUUAUUCAGCAUCUUUAUUGGUAUUAUUUAAAAAAAAGUGGCUUGAUACUCUUGCCCUAGUCGAUUAUACUCAUUCCUGUAUAUCGAGCUAUUAUAAUAGAUAAGAAUGAAUAUGCAGAUAUUUUAUUAUAAUUAUGUGUAUCUCUUUUAGGAUGUGUUUUAUUAGCAUACGUGAAUAUUAGCAAAUAUUAUCGUCAUUAAACAUAUUUUUAUAAAGUAGUUAAAAACAAAUUAUCUUUUUAAGAGCUUCCUAAUUUAAAUUAUCAUCACCGCACAUUAUUUCUGUUAUUUAUGUAAUAAUAUGUAUUUCAUAGGCAUGUAAAGAUAGAUCAGACAUUGGCCUAAAAUGUACCUGUCUUUAAUGUACUGUAGGUUAUUUUCUUAAUUUGUGAAUAUAUAAUUUUACAGUUAGAAUUA